AAAACGUCCACAUAACCUACAAAAAAUCUGUCAAAUACAGUUAAAAUUAUUGCAGGGGAGUUACUAUUGAAAUGUUUGUAACGAAAUAGACCAAGUCUUCUAUAACUAUUAACUAUAUAAUGAAAUUCCGAUUUUGUGGCAAUUCAGACUGCCCUGACUGGGUGUUGGCUAUAAUAAUCAAUUUAUCGAAGUUGUCUUCAGUUAAAUUGAAACUGUUAACACAAAUCGUAGCUGAGGGAAUGAUAGAGCCACCCCUUGAGAUCGACAAAGCCGUCAAGUUAUUUUCAGAAUCAAAAUUAGAAAGUGAUUUAGAAUUGAAAGCAUGUAUAGCUUGCCUACAGUUCAUUAUAUCUUCCACCUGUAAGUUUCAGUGCGAGACAAGUGCUUUGCUCAGCGAAUUACAACAAUUGGGACUACCUCGUGAACAUAGCUCUGCAAUAAAGAAAGUUAUAGAUGACAAGCAGGACUCUAUAACGAAGAAAUUAAAGGCAUCGGGAUUGAAAGUUAACGCUUUGCAGUCCUUUAAAGCAAAAGUUGAUAAAGAAAGGAAUUGUGCCAUUUUAGAUAUACAAGUAAAUGACCAAACACAACAGUGUGCUCUUACAGAGCAUACUGUUAGAGUGCUCUUGGAGAAUCUGAAGGAAGUAAGGCCACAGAUGGAAGAAUUAAAUAGACACAAUCAGAAAAUUUUAUAAUACGAAUAAAGUUUGAAAUGAUU